AUGGCUCCUAAAAUAACCUGUUAUUUCGACACGUCGCCUGUCUUCGCGGCAUGUGAUAUUGACUACGUCCCCAUCUCCCUGCCCGACCUGUUUCAGUUAUGCCAAAACACGCCUCCUAUUGCAGUCAAGAAUAAGUUCCAAUGGAUCAACCGAGAGCGUAUCUACUGGGCUCGUCGUUUCCAGGUUCCCAUGUCCGAAGCCAUCCCAAAAGGAUUUCCCGCAAACACUUCCGACGCUCAGCUCGCGCUCUGCUUUCUGGCUACAAAAUGUCCCGAUAAGCUAGUUCCCAUCGUGGCGAAGAUCUUUCGGGGGUUCUGGGAAGAUGGAGACUCGAAUCUCCUCACUCAACCUGGUUUCACUACUAUCUUUGAGAGUGAGCUUGGCGCUGAGGAUGCCAAGCCGAUUUUGGAUGAGUUCAAAGGUACUGAGGCACAAGCCAUUUUGAGCGGACGCACACAAGAGGCAUUCAGCUCCGGUGCCUUUGGUUUGCCUUGGUUUGACUGCGUAAACGCUGAAGGGGCAAAGGAAAGCUUCUGGGGAAUUGACCAUUUGGGACGUCUAGUGGACUUUUUGCAACUAGAUGCCAGCCUAGAUAAGUCUUUUCGAGUUUUGCUUUGA